UCUCCUCUCAGCUUCUUCCCAGAGUACCUCCAUUGUGGACGUUCACACUUCUAUAGGAUAAAAACAAAACCACGCGUGUGGUGUUUAAUGUGUGAUCCACACCUGCGAUUUCUUAGCGCGUCUAGUGGAUUUUAGCCCCUGUUGGUGUCGCCAUGAACGACGAAGAUGAUUCGAUGCCAAGUUUUCAUUCAGAACAACUAACGUUACAUGCUAAUGUGGCGUCGGUUCCUGAUGGACUUUGCUGGGUGUCAAUUCUAUCCUGUCUGCUGCUUGCGUGCUCAUAUGUUGGAAGUUUAUACGUCUGGAAAAGCGAUUUACCAAGGGAUCAUCCUGCAGUGAUAAAGAGGCGCUUCACCAGUGUACUGAUUGUAUCUGCUCUUUCUCCAGUGUUUGUGUGGGCAUGGAAAGACUUUACAGGCAUCCAGCCUGGUCCCUCUCUGUUUGCCCUUAUGGGGAUCCGUUUGGAGGGGUUAAUUCCUGCUAUCAUUCUACCAUUGCUACUGACCAUGGUGCUGUUUCUGGGACCUCUGAUACAGUUAGCCAUGGAUUGCCCAUGGGGGUUCAUUGAUGGGAUUAAAGUUGUAGUUGACCCAUGUUUCUGGAGUCUGUGUCUGAGCGACAUGCGCUGGCUGAGGAACCAGGUUGUGGCACCGCUGACGGAGGAGCUGGUUUUUCGGGCAUGCAUGCUUCCUAUGCUUGUGCCCUGUGCCGGCCCCUCCACUGCAAUCUUCACAUGCCCACUGUUCUUUGGUGUUGCUCAUUUUCACCAUGUAAUUGAGCUCCUGCGGUUCAGACAGGGCACUGUCUCAGGGAUUUUCCUCUCUGCAGUGUUCCAGUUCUCCUACACUGCAGUAUUUGGAGCUUACACAGCCUUUAUUUUCAUCAGGACAGGUCAUUUGGUGGGUCCUGUGCUGUGCCAUUCCUUCUGCAACUACAUGGGUUUUCCCGCUCUCAGCACGGCCCUGGAUCACUCACAGCGCCUCACCAUCCUUUCCUUCUACCUACUGGGGGUCAUCCUCUUCCUCCUCCUCAUCUUCCCCAUGACCGACCCGCUCUUCUACGGCCUGCCCACACCCGUCUGCACCCUGACCUCCACGCCUGGCUCCAUCUGCUCCUGAUCCAUCUAUACCUCCAUCCUGCGUUUCACCAGCUCCUUCUCUCCAGCCAUUUAAACAGGAGUGGCUGUUUUGCUGCUAGUUUCACCAGGUGAGCGAGGGACAGCUGGAGAACAGGUAUGAAAAUUCACAGCCUCCGUGAGGUGUGUGGAAAAACUCGGUGUAUGCAAAACAUGGCCAUUUUUUUGUUUUUCAACCAUUCAGCCGAUGUUGCAUUAUAAAGUGACUUUAGCUAAGAGCCAGGCCUACGUUUGAUGAAGAAGUUUAUUAUACGUGUCUGCAUGUUUAAAUGACAAUAUUGUCAGUGUGUUUUUCGGAGCUAGGGAUAAAGAUCAGACACUAUUACGGGUUUCCCAGAAAGAUUUAUUCACAGAAAUGUGCAUUGCUAAAAUGCAAAAGUGUCCUGUGGUGAUAUUAUAAUCUUGCUCACACACACCUUUCCUGUUUGGCCUGGUGCCCUUACUUGAAAACAGCAUUCAUAUUUACAGAUAUUACAAUCUUUUUGGUUCUUUUAGUCUUGAUUUUAUUGUUUAGAAGUCUCGUCGUUCAAUUAAAAAAUAUGCUUUCUAGGUAAAAGUCAGUAGGUACGCUGGUGAAGCAAUAGAUCUAGACCUAUUAGAAUAACAAGAUAAAAAUUUAGUAAGUGUGUAUCAUAGGUGUUUACUGGAUCACGGUUGAUCCGUGAUUCGUACGCAUCACAACCCGGUUCGGAACAUGCGUGACCUGCGGAUUAUAAAUUUUUUUAACUUGUAGAUUAAUCCUAAAUUUGUAACGAUCGCAGAGAGAUCGCCUCUCGCAUCAUUCAAAUCACAAAAGCAUUUAAGGCUUUCUGUAAAAUAUAAUGAUGACGUAAGAAGUUGUGGUUGGUUAUUCAGGAUGUGGUGGGUUUCUGUCACUACUUGUUUAGCCUGCAUCAAUUCAUUCAGUGUAAGCUGCACGAUUAAUCAUUAAAAGAUUGGGAUCUCAACACCCACACAACCUAUUUUAAAAAUGAUGGUGAUUUGUAAAUGUUUAUUAAUUCUUCAAAUCACUGCAUUUAAAUCUGUGUUCAAAUAUCAAGAAAGAGAUUCAAUUUUUAGUCUUUUGAGUUAGUUAUAAAGUUACAAACAGUCAAAUAUCACAGCAGUACACGAAUAACAGUUUAUAGUUUAGAUGAAACCACUGAAGUUUAUGGUAAGGAUUAAAAUCACCAUAAUGUGCUCAUAAAUGAAAGUUGUAGGAAGCAAUUGCAUUAUUUAACCAGUAGGUGGCAACAACCAACUUGCAAAAAUGUGCCACUGAAUAAUUCUUGAGAAAUGACACAUCUAGCAAUGAAACAUGAAGUUUAAUGAAUAACUAAUUGAAUCAUUCAUUGAAAAUGAGACUAAAAAUAAAUAUGAAUUGUACAAAUUAUAAUGUUAGAUUUAUCAGCAACAGCAGUACUUACAGUGAAAUUUUCACAGUACUGAAUAUUUUACAAUUUAUUUAUUUCUUCGUUUUAUUUUUAAUAAAAUUACAGGUUCUAAUGUCUGUUUAUUAAAACCAGAAGUUUCUUGCAGUACAAUUUUUUGUAUUAAAUGGUAAUCGCAUGACAUUUGUCUCCUCCCCUUCUGGGCUGAUCCAAAAAAAUGGUCCAAUCUGUGACUAAAAAUCCAUAAUGUGAUCCGAACCGUGAGAUUUGUGAUCCGUUACACCACUAGUGUAUCAGAAGUUGAACAAUUUUCCUGAACACAGCUUUGUGUGUAAGUUAUUAUAUAGAUUUACAGCCUCAUGCACAACAUUUCAGAUUGUGAGGUAUUUUUGAUGAUUUGGUUAAAAUGAGCUAUUUUUAAUAAUAAUAAUAAAAAAACAUUAAAUUAAUUUCUGUUUAUACGGAGUAGUUGUACUUUUUGUAACUGCAGGAUAUUCAGUGAUAUAUUUUGACCAAUGGCAUUUCAGUCAUAUUUAAUGCAGCGCUACAGACAUCCUUUUUACAUCAGCAUAGAAAGUUCUUUAAUUGUUAAUCAAGUUUAGCAGCACGUGAUGUCAUUAAGGCAGAAUGGACUGUUGCGGAAUUUGUAACACUUUCUAUUUAUGACAUCAGCGGAUUGUCAUAUUUCACAACAUUGAAACUACCUAUUUUAGAGAAAAAACAUACCUUUAGUUCUCUGACAGACAUUUGAAAUCCAAAUGCUAUGUUUUUGUGAUCUUUUCUAUAUUGCAAACGACAUAGUGACAGGUCUCAUGAAUUUUUACACGGGUUUCCACUGAUCUGCAUGCUGCUACACUGCUGACAUAUGGAUGUUCGGUUGAGGAUUGAUAAAAAACACACCCAAUACAACUCGCAUAACUGCUUAUAACAAUAGUUCACAUUAAAAAAUAAAUAAACACCUGUGAUCAUUUAGUCACCCACAUGGCGUUCUGUGAACCACACACAAAAAGAGAUGUUAGUCAGAAUAUUCAAGUUUAUUAUUAUUUCGCAGUCUAAACGUGAACAAUUUAAGUUCAUAGAACUUUCUUGUAUUCCACCCAGUUAUGUGUUUCGAAUAUUCAAAUAUUUAAAUUGAGCUCAAUUGAUACAUUUACAUAAUAUUACCUUUGUUUUUUAAUAAAUAAAAAAAAUAGGGAGAACAAAAUGAGGGUGAGGUAAAUGAUUUGUUUUUAAUUGUCAUUAUUACUUAAUAUUUUUGCAUCCACUAUCUCUUUAAGUUAGCGAAUGUGGCUUGCUGUGCAAAAAAAGAGACUGCUUGCUGCAGAACAUUUUAUGCCAUGUACAUAUUUUUGGUUUUAUUUUCAAUAAAUGUGAAAGCAGAGUAUAUAUAUAAAUGAAAAGAGAGUAUACAGAACUGUCAUCUAUUUAAUAUAUUGGCAAUGGCUUGCCCUGAUUCUCAUUUAUGUGUAGAUCGUAGAUCUGUGUUGUGAGAGACCAUGCAAAGUAAACCUUUCAAAGCAAUAGUCUCACAAACAGGCUCAAUUCAGGGAUUUUCCAUCCAGUGCCAUAUAAGAACUUCGUUUUGGAUGUUUCUUUCAUUCGAUCCUGAAAUGAUUUCUUAUUUGGCACUCUACAAAGACAGCAGCGAUGUUUAACAUCACUUGAACAGCCAAAGUUAUGGUAGUAAUUUAUCGCAACUUGUCCGAGUUACAUAAGUGAUCUGGUUUACUAGCUUCUAGUAUUGAAAGAAGUUUGUGUUUUAAGUGUGCCAUAGUGUAUAUGACUGUAAUAUUAACUUGUUUACGCUGCACUGAAUGCUGCUGUAGUUGAGUUGCUCAUGCGCCUUGGGCUUACAGUUGACAGAGGGCGCCAGAGGACCAUAGAUGUGUGUUUCCGUGUGUUCUGUUGUUUUCAUGAUUAAGAACGAAGCAGUCACCUAGUGUUUUCAUUAAAACUGCGAUCCGUUUUGCCUAUUUAAUCUUGCUAAUCGAUUAUGUUAUAAAAUGAUGCAUAAAUUAUUCCCUGGUACUCAAAGUACUUGUUGAAGAAUGUAAACUGUUCUUUUGUAUAUAUAGGAAUUGACCUAUUGUUCUAGGUUUAUUUGAAUCCUUAGAUGCUUUAACAACAAAUCGAUUCCACUUUGAUAUUGUUUAAUGAAAGCCGCUUAACAUUUAAUCUACAAACAUCUUGGUAUCUGUUUUCAUAUAUUUUAGGCAGUUGUACUUUCUUUUCCAUUAGGAUCGAGUUUCUCAUUAACUACUAGUGUUUAUUCUUUAGGUGCCCUUUUAAAAUAUACCUGUAAUUCAUUAUACACUUGUACUUAUUAUUUAAAAAUAGUACUUCUUUUUGUUAGAUACCAGCAGCUUGUAUUCAUAUACACACCAUUACUUAAUUCAUUAGUAACUGUUCAGAUAUGUUCCAUUAGAACUAAUGAUAAAAUUUUUUUGUUGGGAUCUCAACUAUUCAGUUUUGACUAGUAUGUAUUUCAGCUAUUAUAUUUAUUAUUAGUUCAUUAGGUACUAGAUCUCUUGUAUAACUAGUAAAAACUGAUUUGUUAGUCUUCUUUUGUUGUUUUGGCUGGUCAAGACAGCCACAGCAAUUUCA